AAUGACAUGGGUGUCCCUCUCUCACGAACUUGUUCUCCUGUUCCUUCGUCUGCAAGUGAUCAUGCACGCUUCAAAUGCCAAAACUGAGAGCAAUAUCAUAUUUGAGAUUCCUUAAGAUUUUCCAAUAUAUAAUAAUCCUAACAUGAUUGAACAAUGGAACACACCAUCUUCAAGCACCUUCACACCACCACUUCAAUGGCCUCCUCCACACUCCUCCACCUCCUCUCCUCCUACCUCUCCACCACCAUUGGCAUCCUCAGGAGCAUGCUCUCGCACCUCCUGACCCUCCACAAGACGCCAUUCCUGGUCGUGCUCGUCGACGUAUCCCUGUCGCUCUACUUCUGGUCGUGUGGCCUCUCGCCCUGCUCUGUGGACUUGGACGACGAGCAGACCACCAUCCACUUCUGGGGCUCUGCUCACAGGAGGUCCAGGAAGCCAUGUCUGGUCUUCAUCCAUGGCUACGGAGGCAACUCGAGGUGGCAGUUCUGGGCCCAAGUGGGCCCUUUGUCUCAAAGCUUCAACAUUUUCAUACCGGACUUGCUCUUCUUUGGGAAAUCACACACGCUGAGUCCUCAGAGGAGUGACGUGUUUCAGGCGACAUGCAUUGUGGAGGGUCUCAGGAAACUGGGGGUUGAUAAGUACUCAAUUUAUGCGAUCAGCUAUGGUGGGUUUGUGGGGUACAGGAUGGCUGAGGUUGGUGGUGAUAAAGUUGAGAAAUUGGUGAUUGUCAGCACUGGGAUUGGGUGUACAGAUGAGCAGAAGUUCGAGCAGCUGAGGAAGAUUGGCAGAAAUCCCUUGGAGCUUCUUUUGCCUGAGAAGCCUCAGGAUUUGAGGGUUCUGAUGAAUUUGUCAAUCUAUAAGUUCAAUCCUUUCAUUUGGGCCCCCAAUUUCUUCCUCCAGCAGUUCAUUGAUUUAUAUGCUGGUUUUGAAAGAUCUGGAGUCAUGAAAAAUAAAGUGAAAAGGAAAGGGUAUGAAUCUUUAGGAGUUUUUCCCUCAACUAAAGAGAGGGCAUUUUUGAGAAAUUUGGCUUUUAAAUGGUUACAAAGGAGAGAAUCGUAUUGUAGUGACUUUUGGCAUUUAGAAUCCAAAUGUCAUCAUUAGUUAUAGUAUGAUGGAAUUAGAAUUACCUUGGUUUGGAUCCUGGCUUUGACAGGUUGAAACUGAUGGACUACCUCAAAACAGAAUUUUCUUCAUCUGAUUACCCUACUUGAAUUGGAAUCUCUCCAUAAAAUUCCACAACUUUUGCUACCAAGAAGUGUUGUUUGAGUUAGGGGUGUCGGUCCUCGGUGGAUUGUCGAGAAUCGACAAUGUGACUAUUGGCUCCAAAAGUUUGGAACCGAGAAUCGACCAGUCGAAUCUAGACCUAUCGUGUCCCGACCCCUUUUUUGUUUUGCGUAAAAAAUCAAAUUCUUUUUAAUAAGCUAUAAACACAUUUCACUGUUACAAUAUGUUGUUGUCUCUUAUGUUGAAGACCUAGUUUGACUUUUAGAGAGUUGCAAAAAUUUUUU